CCUGAUACCUCCACCCAUUGACUGCCGCCGGUAUCCGUCUCAAUCCCUUCGACGAAUGCAAGACCCCUAUUAUUUCCUGCAAUAGACCCCGCCGAAUAAGAACGAUCAUAUCGCCGUUAGCAAGCGUCUGACAAAGCCGGCCGGCUACCGAGGAAUUGCCUGCUUUAUAAGUACAAUACAUACGCCAGGAAUCGCCAUAACGCUUGCGACUUGCUAGUAUCUUCAUCAUGGGUUUGCUCGCGCUCGGAACGCCACUGGAAUGGGAGGAGGCCAAGAAGUAUGCCGAUCAUGUUAGGUACCACGGCAUUACCCAGUUUCUCAACACUUGGGAUCGCUACAAGGACCGGUGCGGCGACAAGCUGCUAUGGGGCGAUGAGAUCGAGUACAUGGUCGUCUCCUUCGACGACGAGAAGAAGGCCGCUCACCUCUCCCUGCGCCAGUCCGAGAUCCUCGAGAAGCUGUCCGCCAUCGUCGAUGACAUCUCCACCGAGACUGAGAACCGGUGGGACUUCCUCAACUACCUCAAGAAAUUUGUGGGCUUACCAAGUGCCCCCGCGCCGCGCAGGAUCCCCGUCCCCACCUUCCACCCCGAGUACGGACGGUACAUGCUUGAGAGCACCCCAGGCGCGCCCUACACCGGCUCUAUUGCGGACUUGCUCUCGGUCGAGGCGAACAUGCGCUACAGGCGGACUCUGGCGCGCAAGCACCUGAAGGACAACGAGUAUCCCCUCACUUUCACCUCCUUCCCCCGCCUUGGCGCCCCAGGGCAAUUCACGGACCCCUACUAUCCCCCCGAAGACGCGGUGUCCAGCCAUAGCUUCUUCCUUCCCGAGGAGAUCACAAAUCCCCAUGCGCGCUUCCCGACAUUGACUGCCAACAUCCGGAGGCGGCGAGGCUCUAAAGUAGCCAUUAACUUGCCUAUCUACUCCGAUGAGAACACGCCAAAGCCUUUUGUCGACCCGACGAUCCCCUGGGACAGGCAACUAUUCCCAGAAGACUCCAAUGCCAAGGAUGGUGCAGCCCUGGUCGACCACAUCUACCUUGACGCUAUGGGCUUCGGAAUGGGAUGCUGCUGUUUGCAGCUGACUUUCCAAGCCUGCAACGUCAACGACGCGAGAAGGUUAUACGACUGCUUGAUUCCCGCCGGUCCUAUAUUGCUGGCAUUGACCGCUGGAAGCCCUCUUUAUCGUGGCUACAUCGCCGACGUCGACUGCCGCUGGAAUGUCAUCGCAGGAAGCGUCGACGACAGGACAGAAGAGGAGCGUGGCUUGAAGCCGUUGAAGAACGACCGCUUCGUCAUCCCCAAGUCAAGAUACGACAGCGUCGAUUUGUACAUCGCGAACGACCGUAACAACCGCCCCGAAUAUAACGACACCUACGCACCUUACGAUGAAGCCAUUUUCAACCGUGUGCGGGAUCGCGGCAUAGACGAUUUGCUCGCUAAGCACAUCGCGCACCUCUUCAUCCGCGACCCCCUCGUCGUCUUCUCCGAGACGAUCGACCAAGACGACGUGAACAGCAACGACCACUUCGAGAACAUCCAAUCCACAAACUGGCAGACCAUGCGCUUCAAGCCGCCUCCAGUUAACUCCUCCAUCGGCUGGCGCGUCGAGUUCCGCAGCAUGGAGGUGCAGCUCACGGACUUUGAGAACGCGGCGUUCGCGCUGUUCAUCGUCCUGCUCUCGCGCGCGCUGCUGCAGUUCGACGUGAACAUGUACAUGCCGAUCUCAAAGGUCGACGAGAACAUGCAGCGCGCGCAGCUGCGGAAUGCCGCCGCGGAGCAAAAGUUUUUCUUCCGCAAGGAUAUCUUCCCGCCCGGGCACUCGCCGAUGUCGUCUGGGGCGAGCUCGCCGGUGGAUAGCGAGCCGCGGCGGAGGGAGCGCCAGUUGCGAAACUGCUUCGCGCGGGCGCCGGUGCCGGAGAACGGCGUGCCGCAGCGGCCGGUCGAGGAGGAGUACGAGGAGAUGUCGAUGAAGGAGGUCAUGAACGGGAAGGGCGAUACCUUCCCUGGUUUGAUCGGUCUCGUCGACUUGUACCUUGACACGCUGCACAUAGAGCACGACGAGAUGGCGAGGAUACAGAACUACCUGGACCUCAUCCGGCAGCGGUCCACCGGCCAGAUAAAGACGCCAGCGACCUGGAUACGCGAGUUCGUCCUCAACCACCCGAAGUACAAGAAGGACUCGGUGGUGUCGGAGGAGAUCAAUUACGAUCUCAUGCGUGCCGUAGACGAGAUUGAGCGCGGCGUGCGCGCUGCUCCCGACCUUCUGCCCAAGGGCUACAAGGGCGGGAAGGACGAUGGUGGCAACCUUAUCUAGAAGUAGAGGGAUUUCGUGGCAGGCAUCAUUGAUUGCAGGUAUUAUUGAUUUAUUUGUCUCGCACUCCAUAAGUAUAUUCCGGUGUACUACAUAGAUACGGACUGGUCUGAGGUUGUUGUGCACAUCAUUAUAGCAUUGCAAUAAGAUAUAGAGCUCCGAUUUCGCACAAA